GUGAAUUCGCCCUUAGACUAGAGACGUGUUCCGAAAUUUACUUUUAUUAUCAAAAAUCUAUAAUAUAAACUAUAGAUUUUCGAUAUUUGCAGCGAAUUUCGGAACACAAUCUAAAAAGAACUUUGCUUGCAGUGUGCAUGAAGAUGUUGUCAUUUGGGUGUAAAUUUAAAGCGACAAGCCUCACUCAAAAUUUGUCAAAAGCAUUGAAACUUUUAUCGACGCCCCAUUCAAAUGCCCCGGAACCAAAAAACAACGAGCCAAAACAAUUUCGCGUAUUGGAACUUUACUCACAGAAGAGGACUAUGCAAGAGAAGCGAAAAAUGCGAAAAAUAUCCAUACCACCACCGAGAGCUGUGGACAUGCCUGUCGAUCAGGAUUGGCCAUCAGUAUGGCCAGGUGCUCGAACUUUUCACCCAGCCAUAGUACCUCUGCCAUUGCGUCAAGGAUACGUAGAAAAAGGCGUGCCACCAAAUAAAUACGCCAAUGCUGAACUCAUGAAAAUACCAAACUUCCUGCAUCUAACACCACCAGCAAUUCAGAGGCAUUGCGAAGCGUUGAAACAAUUUUGCACAAAGUGGCCUACAACUUUGGAAGAUGAAGAAGAGUGUAGAAAACAUUUUCCCAUUGAAAUUAUAACAUCCGAUUACUGUUACUCUUCGCCAACCAUUAGAGAGCCACUUGCUAGGAUCGUGAAUCUGCAAGUAAAAUUAUCCUUGCUUCAUUUAGACACUCAUGCUAAAGAUAAGUUAUUGAGAUUGCUGGGAAAUAAAUACAAUCCAGAAACAGAUAUAAUAACAAUAACGACUGAUAGAUGUCCAACUAAAAAGCAAAAUUUAGAAUAUGCAAGGUAUCUUCUCACGGCAGUAUAUCACGAAUCUUGGAGAGUGGAAGCUUGGGAAGCUGAGAAAUCCAUAGCAGACAUGGAAUAUUUUGAUUGGGAGACUAGCCAGAGUCGUACAAGUCUGGUAACUCUGUAUGCAUGGCCGAUAACGCCAACUGAUUACGAUUACGAAACUAUCCCGCAUGCGAUAGAAUAUAAAAUUGCCGUCUCGGAUCUUAUAAACAACGGUGAAGAUCAAUAUUCGGUUAAUAAAUACAAAGAAGCCGUAAAAAAUUUGUUAAGUCUUAAGUGUGACAAUAAAGGUUGAACCAAAAUAGCAAA